CACAUUCCCAGCCCCUGGACCAUUUUAAAACCACGUCCUCAGGUUCCCCCAGGCCAGAGAAGUCCUUAUUCUAAGUGUGCGGACUGGGUGCCUGUCCUCUACACAGGCGAUUUUGGCUCUGAUCCCCAAGACACGGAGCAGGGGCUGGUGCUUACAGGGGACAAGGAGCAGCCCAGGCCACAGCAAACCCUGACCCCUUUCUUCCCUGCAGUGUACCACUGGGCAGAGAUGCGGACCAAGAUGAGCAUCAUGGGCUUCCACGCUGAGUCCAUCAAGCCACUGAACGAGGUGGCCGCGGCGGAGCUGGGCGCGAACCUGCUGGGCGAGGCCAUCAUCUUCGGCUGCGCCGGCAGCUGCCUGCUGCUGGAGUUCUGGCGCCAGCAGUCACUGAAGCGCCGCAAGGAAGGGGAGCGCGUGGCCUCACUGCUGUCGUUGAGGGAUGACUUGGACCGCCUGGAGCAGGUGGUGGACGAGCUGCAGGUGCAGGUGCAGGCCGCCGUACGGAGGAGCGAGCUGGACCAGCUGAGGGCCGAGCUGCGGGCGGAGCUGGAGGAGUUCAAAGGCCAGAUCUGCACCGAGCGCCACGAGCCUGAGCCUGAGCCUGAGCCCGAGCCCCAGCCUCCCAAAGCCUCCUUGUAGAGACCGCAAGACUCUGUCCUUGGAGGACGUGGAUUGCUGUCUGGCCCUGUGUGCCUGGCCUCUCUGCAUGGGCCCAUCCCCGAACUGGGCCAGCUGACAUGCCCUGGUCUCUGGGGACAGAGGGAUCCCAGGCCGGGAGUGGUGUGAGUGCUCCUUUCCACAGGGGUCUCUCACCCACUGGUGGGACAUGCCAGGGACGCUCCCAGAUUCCCAACCCCAAGCCACCAGCACUCGGAUACCGUGCUUGGAAAGGGAGGCACAGCGUGUUGGGGAGCCACCUAAGAACCCUUUGCCCGGGGCACUGGCCCAUCACACUGGAACACUCCUGCCUUAGUGUCCGGACCCCAUCUCCUUCCAUCUACCUCACUCUGAAGGGAGAGGCCAGGUCUGCACUGUCUCUGGCUCCUCCCGUCUUUGGUCCGAGGUGCCCGUCUGGCACUCUGUCCUUGGUGGACCCUCCUCUAGUCCAGGGCGCUGUCCACGAGCUGGCGGGGUGCCUCUUCCUCAUCAUGUCUUAGGAGGAAGUUGGUUCUAACCAAAAAUGAGGCCAUUCUGCCUAUCUCGGCCCCUCCAUUUCCAGCCACCACCCCUUUGAUAGCCUCUUUACUGGCCUUCUGUAAGGAACCACCUGCACCCUUAACACGUGGGCCAGUACCACACCUCCGUCCGCCGCCACCACCCACGUUUCACAGCAUUCUCAGGGACACACACACACCCCGCCUUUGGUCUUCCAGGCAAAAGCCACUUAAAAUAAGGUGGACAGCCUCACGUCUGACCAAAUGGAACAUCCCAGAAGACCAAUUUACUCCCUUACCCACUCAUUCACUAACCCACUGGACCACAAAGCGGUGGCCUUUGAGCUCUGGCUUCUAUUUUUUUUAAUAUUUUAAAUGUUUUAUAAUUAAAGGAGCCCCAGGUUAAAGAGUGUGUCUCAAACCAUCAUGUGCUGAGUGGGCGGAAGUGUCAUUAGGAGAGAACUUGGGGAGGCAGUCAUCUUCUGAGACCUUUCCCAGAGUUCCGCUGUAAGACUUAAGGGACACACACCCCAACACUAGGAUGGAGGAGGAGGCCGGCUGGAGGGCCAGAGGGGAGGGCCAGAGCCAGGGGUGUGGGUGACGGGCAGGGGAAGCAGGAGUCACUCCAGAGACCUUCACAUUUAUAAAAACCGCAGAUUUAUUCAGCGAGGGCCCGUGUCCACGAAGCUAAGGUGUGGAAGUCGGAGGACCUAUUUUUCCUCUUCUCCUUCCCCUGACUUCAUCUUCCCAGAGGGCAAAAAUGGUCUGGACCCUGAAAUCCUAACCCAAAUAAAAAAACCACAAAACUGAGGUUCCAAAAACGUUAAAGAAUCUGAAUUCCUCAUAGAAAAGAGGGAGGAGCCAAGGCGAAGGGGGAGGUGUUCCUCGGGUGAGGGAAAUCCCUCCCACCUGCUGGGAUACCUCCCCUCUUUCAUAGCUGCCUCCCAUGGGAUAAGCCUGGGGUUAUAGCAUUUAAAAACUCCCACACCCCAUUUUAUCAAAACCAAAGAGAAAAAAAAUUUCCCUUCCCCCCAUAAACCCAAAU